AAAGAAACAAACCCGUGUCCCUCACCUCUGUCCCCAUCCCACUCCACCGCCGCUUGCUCGCGCCACCAAGCCCGGCGCGCCGGAGAUGAUCUCGUCCAUGUCCUGGGUGCCCAGGGGCGCCGCCAGGAGCGCCCCAAUCCAGGCGGACCCGCCCACGCAGGAGGAGAUCGACGAGGCCAUGAGGAGCAUCGCCCUCGCCACAGAGGACGACGGAAGUGACGCCGAAGCCGACGCUGACGAUGGCGAGAUGGAGGUCGACGGCGCUGAUGAGGAGGAGAAUGAGGAUGUCGCCCAGGCCAAGGUCGCCGCCGAGGCGCUCGGGAAGACCGGCUCGGGAGGCGCCGUCGGCGGUGUCUCCCAUGGGCUUGAGGAGCUCCACAUGGAGGACUACGACGACGAGGAUGACGAGCCUGAGCUUCUCAGUGCCGGCGGGAGGGGGGAUUUGUACUAUGAGAACAACGAAGAGGACCCUCAUCUCAUCAGGAACAGCGAUGAUGAUGAUGGUGAUGAAGACGACGAGGAGAUUGAAGACAUGGCUAUCAAACCUACUGAUAUGCUGAUUGUUUGUGCACACAACGAGGAUGAGUUUAACUCUCUUCAGGUUAGUAUAGUGGAAGAAUUGGAGGACGGGGAUCUUAAUAUGUAUGUUCAUCAUGAGGUCCCUCUCUCAGAUUUUCCACUCUGCACGGCUUGGAUGGAUUUUAACUUUAAGGAUGCCAAGAAAGAAGGGAAUUUCAUUGCUGUUGGAACCAUGGAUCCUGCAAUUGAAAUAUGGAACUUGGAUAUUGUUGAUGAGGUCAAACCACAUAUUGUGCUAGGAGGACUUUCAAAAAACAGAGAAAAGGUUAAGGGGGAGAAGGGAAAAAUAUACAAGGAGGGUAGCCACAAAAGUUCUGUGCUCGGACUUGCAUGGAAUGCAGUGGUGAGGAACGCUCUAGCUAGUGCAAGUGCAGACAAAACUAUUAAAGUUUGGGAUUUAUAUACCAGUAAAUGUGAUCGCACACUGCAACAUCAUGAUGACAAGGUUCAAUCAGUUGCCUGGAGGUCACCUGAAGUUCUUCUCAGUGGAUCUUUUGAUAGAUCAGUUGCCAUGACUGACAUGAGAGGUGAUGGACGAAGUUGUCAUAAAUGGUCCGUAGAAGCAGAUGUCGAAAGCUUAGCUUGUGAUCCACACAAUGAACACACGUUUGUGGUUAGUCUUGAAAAUGGGACGGUUCAAGCAUUUGAUACGCGGACAGCUUCAUCGCAUUCAAAUUGCGGCCAGCCCAUGUUUACUCUGCACGCACACGACAAGGCUGUUUCUUCAAUAUCCUUUACCCCAUCUACCCCCAAUCUCCUUGCGACAGGUUCAACUGAUAACACGGUGGAGCUCUGGGAUCUGUCGAACAACCAGCCGUCAUGCGUCGCUUCGCUGAAUCCAAACCUUGGGGCUAUAUUUUCGGUAUCGUUUUCGAACGACAGCCCCUUCCUGCUAGCAUGCGGAGGAUCGAAAGGCAAACUGAAGGUCUGGAACACACUGUUGGAACCAGCGGUGGCUAAUAGAUUCGGCAAGUAGACAUAUGCUGCGAAAUGGAUUACAGUUUUCUCCAGAGACUCCUUCCAGAGAGGCACAGAGACUAAUGCCCACCACGGUUGUAGUAUGGGUAGUGACAAAAUGGAUCUGUAGUGAUCUGUAGUGCAGGUCUGGAACUCACACUCAAGUAGUAUUUUAGACCCCGUGUUGGCUGGUUGGACCUCGACAUACAGAGUACAACACAUAGCGUUGCCAAUCCACACGUUUAUCUGCUGGAGAGAAAAAAAAACAUGAAAAUGCAAGGAGGAGAAAGAAAGCAGACAUGCAUUAUCAGCACUGGAAAACAUUCUGUUGGUUAGAAAACUGGACUCCACUUGUAAUAUAUCAUCCUCCUGUGGUUCGUACA